GUGUGUUUUUAUCCCCUCGCCAAGGCUCGGGGAUAAAAAUCACACAACUCGUUGGAUAAAAAUCAUAUCCAACUACAAAUCAUGGGAGAUCCUAUAUUUAAUAUAUAUUAUAAUACAUGCAGAUGGUAUGCGACCCCAAUUUUCGAAUUACAUCACUAUGUGCAAGAUGGCCUGGUUCAACACACGACAGUAGGGUAUGGAGAUCAUCCGCGCUAUGCCAUCAAUUCGAGAGAGGAAUACACAGUGGACUUUUACUUGGAGAUUCUGGAUACCCCUGCACUCAUUACCUCAUGACUCCUUAUAAUGUACCUUCAAACCGAGCCCAGGAAAACUUCAACAGCUCGUUGUGCCGUACCCGUGUUCUCAUAGAACAAACCUAUGGUGUUUUAAAGAAGCGGUUUCAGUGCCUUCAUUACGGUCUGAGAUGUUCACCCGAACAAGCUGUUGAUUAUAUCACUGCUUGUGUCUUACUACACAACAUAGGGAUAGAAAAAUCGGAUAUUUUCAUCAGCAGUAAUUGCGCAGAUUAUGAUUUGCAGGAAUGCAUCAAUCAUGCCAUGAAUGUAGAUCGAAUUCCGCCUAGUAACGAUGGUUGUAGGAAGAGAGAUGAAAUUGCAGAUUUGUUUUUCUCUUGAGUUAUUUUGCUAUAUUCAAUUCACAAUUUCUGUUCAUUUAAUCACACGAAUACAAUUGAAGCAUAAUUUACCCAUGCAAUCCGGCAGUCUUUACGGGAAAAUAUACAGGCAAUAUUAAUAUGCAUUUGUCGAAUCUAGGUAAAAAUGAAAAUUAGUGGUCAGAGAUGUCAUAAAUUUUAUUACCAUUUCAUACAACUCGAAUGAUAUAACGCUCGAUCAGCUUUAUCCUUCUUACUUUCAACUCGUAUAAUACACAUUCAUUUAUCUACAAAAUAUGUGUAUUCCUAUACAAUAUUUUCUUACCUCGAUAGAUUCUCUACAUAAAAUGUGAUUUAAGUGAGUGUAUCAAACCUUCCGUCAUUCAUAAAUUUAUAACUACGAUAAGAACAUUCUAUCUAAGUUCAUAAAUGUCUUUAACACUCAGAAAUAUCUGUACAUUGAUUUGCGGAAAGUGCUUCGGUAAAAAAUGGAUAGUUAGCUUGGAUUUCAAAUUCCAGUUUUGAUUUCUUGAGCAUUAAAAUUUCCUUUUUGAGUGUCAGGAUUUCUUUGUUUUCAUUUAGUUGGUUAAUUUGCAUCCGAAGCCUCUGGUUAUCCAACUUCAUAUUUUCUUCUUCAAGCUCUGCUAACUUCCCCCUGUUGCGUGUAUUGUUGCGUGUAUCACCUUUAUAUGUAAAGAGAAACAGUAAUCUGAUUUAUUGAUUAUUACUAGUAUUUAUUAAUUGCAAGGGUCAAAAACGUAAUACUGUGUAUUGCUAAAUAUGACAUAUUUUACCUUUUCUAGAUUUUCUAUACGUGUAAUUCGUAGAUGUAGCAGUCGAAGAUGUUGAUUUGUUUAUAUUUGGUUCUUGUGCAUCUGCAUUACCUUGGUUUGUCUUUGAUACUGUUAAAUUGUAUGAAUAAAAAAUGAUAAUUUUA